AUGCCCCCUCCUGUUACCCCGCGCCAAAAUGCUGGUCCUGGGCGCGAUGGCACCAGGUCCAGUCCGACCAAAUCAAAAUCCCUCGACAUCGGUAAGGCUUUAGGCUCUCAUGACUCAAAUUCUGUGCGCGAGAAGGUGCGCAUGUGGCAGCAGAAAGGAGGUGGUGUUACUACCGUCAAGGAUCCCUUGGCCUACGUUGAGGACGUAGAAAGCGAAACCACAGCGAGACGAAACAAGCCCACAAAGACGCCAGAGCCCCGCAAAGUUACAGUUCGCGUGAAGACGGUGGACAAUAAUACGCCAGCUGUCGGCAAUGGUGGGAUCAGGAAAAGAAGCCAAAGUACGCCGAGGAAAAGAGUUGUGAGCGACCAGCACUGGCGAAGUCAGCGUAGUCCGCCAACAGGCUCCAAGACAACCAAAGGACCACCGCCCAAUCGUAUUACAACCUACAAAACAAACGAAAAUUUCAAUUCGUCGUCAAGUUCCUUACCAAGCAAGAAGACGCAGCGCAAGGACGAUGUGUCGGACCUAGGAAGUGGCGCAAAGACUGACACUGAGGAUUUGCGAUCACCUACAAGUGCCUCGCCUUUUCAAAAGAAACCACGCACAGUCAAGACGACGAAGUACAUUUACACAGAUGAUGGAUUGCUCUCCGACAAGGAGACUCUGCACGUGCGUGAAUCGUCGGAGUCGUCGUUGCACGACGAAGAACCUGCUCAAAGUGUGCUGGAAGGUAUGAGACGCAGUACACCGCCACCGAGAGACGAUGAUGACUGGGCUGCGAGUGAAGCUAAUUUCUCGGAGUUGUCUCGAAGAAGACGGCGCGGUCCUGCGCUCCGAGAGACAUUACGCGACGCACGGAAACCCAAGGGCGGAAUUCUAAAUCAAGUGCUCGAUGAGUCUAGAAAGAUGUUUGCAAAGCCAGCGCCUCCUCGUCCUCCUCCUGUUGCAAACAAGGGUGACAAAAUAGCAGCGUGGCUGUCAACCCAGCCUGAUCCAUUUGUGGAUGGCCAUGACGAUGUACCAGUGGAGAUUCCUGCUCCACUCAAAACAAGGUCGAGGACAGCGAGACCUUUGUCACGAGGUUCAGAAUCCAGGAUUACUGAGGAACUGAGCGAAGUCUCUUCUGCGACUAAUGAUCAACCACCACAAGACAAGCCAAGUGGUGCUACGGACACUCAGCGUCGCUUAAGCAUUGACAAAACAAGGGACUCCUUUGUCUCGAAACACAAAGAGGGGACAACGUCAACUCCAAGAAAGAGCCAAUUAGAGAUGGUAGAAAAUCUGACAAAAUCCUUCGAAAAUGCUCCAUCCACGCCCUCCAGAACCUCACAUCCGGUCAGAGGUAAUAUGAAAAAUAAGGACUAUGAACCAUCUGAUCAAAGCUCGGAGGUGUCUGAUAGAGAUGUGAUUCUCCCUUUGCGGCUAAGACGACCUUUCCCAAGUACUGGCAUGCACCAACUUUCUACCAUCGCAUCGGAGGAAACAUUGAGUAGCACUGUGAACGAUAGGUCGGUUAUGGGAAGCGAAACGAAUCGGUCUAGGUCCGAGAAGGCAAAUUCAAUUUACGAUAUAAAUGAUGAGAAACGGGAUCAUUUCGACCCAGACUCACUUCCGAAAUUUGAGAGCGGACUUCAGCGGCGGCUGACGAAACAUUCAGACCUGAUCUCCAUCUUGUCUAAUCCGAAGUCUACCAGACGUAGUGUACGGUCUUCUCGAAGUCUGAGGAGUAACCGAACGCGCCUGGAAACAGCGACGAUGGCGGAUCUGAUGCUAGAGCUUUCCGCCGACGAAACAAAGUAUAUGCGGGAACUACGCACUCUUGUCGGCGGCGUCAUCCCCGUUCUCUUAAGCUGCGUCCUUUCACGGUCCGACUCGGCUAUCGCAGCAGGUCUCUUCCGACCGUCAGCAGACCCAAAAGAUGACAUAAACUUCACUAGGCCAAUUGUCGACAUGGGUGUCGCUCUAGAACGCCUCAAGACGCUCCAUAAGCGCAUUCCUCUGGAUGAAACCGAAGCUCUCCUGGCAUGGGCACAGGGCGCUCAGAGGGUGUAUCGUGACUACCUCAAAGCUUGGCGUAUGGGGUUUCAAGAUGUAGUCGUGAAUCUUGCUCCCGCUGAUGAAGAAGAGUCGGACAAAGUAGAAACCCAUAGUCUCGACCAAGGCAUGGAACGAGACGAAAAUGGCGAUGUUAUCGAUGCAGAUGGCGAGAAAGUAGAUGUGGCUUACCUUCUGAAAAGGCCGCUGGUACGUUUGAAGUACUUAUCGAAGACUUUCAAAGGAAUCGAUUAUGUGGCACAUUCAGCGAAAACAGAACAAGUGGCGGAAUCGUAUCAGGAACUGGUUGAGCAAGCGCGACACCGCUCAAACGAAGAACGUGCUCGACUUGAAGACGAAUCUGCUGCAUAUAUCGAUAGUACCAGAGCUCGAAGUCUGGAUACUUUGGCGGUGCUUUCCAAUGUCGUCAUCGAUAAGACUCGCCGGGUCCUUGCUCGUGACUUUUUCAACCUGUCACUAAUGCAUUCAAGCGGCCAAAUGAUCGAUUGUCAUGCGGAGUUGUUGCUUAGAGACAACGCUCCUGAUGCGGGCCCGGGAGGAGACCUUCUGAUUUGCGAGAUUGAUGACACUGAUCGCUGGCUUCUGUUUCCCCCAAUAGAAAAGAACUGUGUCUCUGCACGAAAUGGUGACCUAAAAGGCGAAAUUGUGGUGAUGGUCCGUGGCAAAUCCCCAGCCGACGAUGGUGAAUGGCAGGAGCUGCUAUCUUUAACUAUCGACGACGAAGAUAUUGGAUUCGAAUGGGUCAACAUGCUCGGCUUGGAUCCAGUACCUCCAGCAUUACCUAAGUCUAAGAAAUUUGUUGACCGUUCAAAUAGUCGAAGACCCAAGGCUGCUGGUGAGAUCAGAAUCGAUUCGUCGGCUUUAACUAAACAGAAGCUGCGUUUGCCGAGCUCAAGUGAGAUUGAUGUACCAAUUGGUGAACAAGCUAGCGUCGUUAGUCAUGCUGGAAAGAGCUCGACCACACAUAGCUCCGGACCUAGCACGUUGAGCUCACUUUCAGAAGCGACCUCAGGUAACUCUCUAGCUUCAGACAUUACCAGAGCAUCGGAUUAUGCAUUAGUCAAUAGCCCUCAAACACCAACAUCGCCCGAUGCUCGAGCAACAUUGCCGUCGGCCAAAGAGCUCAGUGAUAAAAAGAAGACUAUCGACGGGAAAGCAUCGCCUGGGCUGAAACGAGCCAAAGCAAAGAGACGCUCACGUCAUGCAGAACAGCUUACUGAAACAGAUACACCCCCAAGAGCGUCUCCUGGCCCGGAGCAGGAUGUCGAUUCUUCGACUACCACGCCAAAAGCGGCCGCACGUUUUUAUGCUGGAAAGAAUGUUGAAUCAAGCUCUAAAUCCACAAAUUCAAAGAUCAGACGAGAGCGACCUGCAGAUGACAAAGAUGAUUAUCAUGACGGCGCACGUGUGUCGUCUGUACCAACUAUGAAAAUGCCCACGAUCCCCAAAGUGCGGAAGGGUGGCAGCAGUACUAAUAGUGCCUUAUCUGCUGAUACGACUUCCGAUGAUGACGAAACCUGGCCGGAUAUUCAGUCCUCAUUAUCUAAGAUAUCUGUCUCCGACGCGGAAGACGAAGCACCUGUACCACCUCCUCAUCGAUCCCCUAGCCAAGCGCUUCUUAAGAAUACUCCUGUGCUGAGUCCAUCGACCAACCGACAAAAGCGAAGGUCUUCAUCCCCCUUGAAGCACGAGUAUGAGCCAUCAAGUGCUUCUGAUUCAUCCGCCGAAUCCGAUACGUCUACAGUUCGACAUUAUGACAUGGGCUACUCUGACUCAGAUACAUCUGACACUUCUGAUGAAGAGCUAGAGGACGAAGAUGAAUUACCUCCGAUACAUCAUCAGCGUAAGCUGCAGCCACCCGCUUCUAUUCCCGCUCUUGAUAACGAUACCUUAUCUCCGUCCAACUCGGCAUCACAAGGUCCUUAUCGGUCCGUUCCUUCUCAGCCUUCUAAAGCUUCAAAAGCUAUUGCCACAUUAUUCUCCUGGUCGGAUAGAGGAAAGUGGGAGAGCUUGUACCCUGACGAAUGUGAACUGGUGAUAACUCCAGGCCUUAUUGAAGCUUAUAAGAUCACAUCUCACAGCACUAACAAUCAAGACGAGCAACCACGCAAGGAUCGCCCUCUAGUGGCCCUAGAACUGACACCACUCGUCCCGAUUAGACGUGGUACAGCAAUAGAUAUUAGCAUUCGGUCACCACCAACUGAACGAUCCAGAAUCAAAACCAGCAACAAUAUCAUGUUCCGCUCGCAGAAUGUGGAUGAGUGUGACACUCUAUAUGGCUUCAUUAACCAUUCUCGCAUCAAUAAUCCAACAUACAUUGCCUUGCAAAAUGCUCGUGGCCCUUAUCAGCCUGCAUCCCUAUCGCGCUAUAACUCGACCGGAUCAAAUAAAGGAACCAGCUGGUUUGGUUUCCCCCGAAGGAAAAAUAGUUAUCGAGCUGCGAAGCAUGCACCUUCUGUGGGUAUGGUAUCUGAGAGUAGCGUUGGAUCAAUGAGCAGCGCAUUUUCAGCCUUGAAGAGAUUUGGUACAGGAAGUAAGUUUUUCAGUAUUGCCAGAUCGACUGUUACUUCGCGCACAGGAAGUCGUGAUGGAAGUACUGUUUACUCUGGCGCUGGUGGAAGCUCUGGUCUCGCAGCAAUUGCGGCUGCGAUCAAGGGAGCAGAUGGAAUUGGCUUAUCGAAUGCGAAAAUUAGACUCUAUGUGCGAGAGAGCAAUACUCGAUGGCGUGACAUGGGAGCAGCCCGGCUGACAAUUAUGCCCGUGACGCCCAAAUCAUCCCGACCUGGAACGGCUGGUAGUACGAAGUUUACCGUGGAGGCGAACAUCGCAGAUGCCAAUAGCAACGACCUAUCAAAUGCAGGAAGAGAGUCCGACGACUUUGUGGAUGAGCCUAGAGCAGACGGCGCCACAACUCCAACCCCUGGUGCAUCGCCUAGAAGAGUGACCAUGACACAAGAAAAGCGAAUCCUCAUCCAGGGUAAGACCGCAGGCGAAGUCUUACUGGACGUUUGUCUUGGUGAAAGCUCCUUUGAACGGGUCGCUCGAACCGGUAUUGCCAUUUCCGUAUGGGAGAAUCAUUCCGGAGGAACCAUCCAGCAAAAGGGUGGAGUAACUGGAGGCGCCUUCAGAAUCUACAUGAUACAGAUGAAGAGCGAGGCUGAGGCUGCAUAUACAUUUGGACUGGUUGGAAAGCUGCGCUAUUAG